AUGGCGGCUGUAGAGUCUCUUGAGCGCGGGUCGAAGAGGUUUUAGUUUAAAUCGUGUCAAAGUGCCCCGGUUCUGACUGUAACUGUCAUUUUAUGGACAAAGAAAAGACGGAAACAGCGGCGGAGGCGGCGACAGGCGAAGCUACGACGCACUGAUGGAGGCCCAGAAUGGAGAGCCUCUACCAGGGGACAGUGGAAUGUUUGAUCCAGUGCACAAGGCACCUGAAGCAGACACAGAGGAGCCCAGAACAGACCCUGAGAUCAAAGAGGAGCUGCAGCAGAAAAUACACAAAGUACACAGUCUGGAGCAGGAGGAGUGUGAGGCGAUUGAACCGGUGUCUGAGGCUCCUAUUGUGGAUAUGGAGCUCUGUGAGACCUCUAGAGCAGACACAGACGAGGUAGAGCUGUGUGUGAAUGCCCACACUUUGAAGCAGGACCAGGAGGAGUGUGAGGCGUUUGACCCAGGGGACAGGGGAAUGUUUGACAUGGUCUGUGAGGCUCCUAUGACAGACUUGGAGGUGUCAGAGCUAAGACUCAGGGCCCACAGUCUGAAGCAGGAGUUGGAGCAGUGCAAAGCCGAACUGAGCAAACUUCAAAAACGUCUGAGCCAAUCUGAGAGAGUCCAGAGGAGUACAGAGAGCUACAACCAGGACCUCCGCAAACAGGUGGAGCAGUUGAGUGCAGAGCUUCAUGAAAGAAAGAAAAAAGAGAGACACAAAACUGAAGCAGAGACGCAGACGGAGGAGUACACGUGGACCGACACUGAUUAUUACAACUAUUACUACGGAGGGUACUACCAGGACACAGCAGCAGAGGGCGGGACUCAGGAGACGCUGAUGCCCCCUGGAGUUCAGCCGGAGGAGAGUGAGCUUGCAGAUGCUAAAUCUGCUACCGUGGAAACUGACGGGAAUGUGGAGGUGGAGGGGGAGGGAGGGGGUGCAGAGGACUCUACAGCACCCUCUAUUACAGCAGAAGCAGCAGACGGGGGCAUCAGCCAAGACUCCAACGCCACAGAGACCCCUGCAAAUCAGGAGGGUGAUGGUUCUAUUGCCGACAUGCUGAGAUCCACAGCGGAACAGGCCAUGUGUCAGACCGGGUUUGUGUUUGAUGAGAACACAGGGAUGUACUACGACCACAGCACGGGGUUUUACUACGACUCGGUGAACCAGCUGUACUACGACAAUAACACAGGGAUCUACUAUUAUUAUGACGCAGAGAGCGGAAAAUAUGAAUUUCACUCCAGAAUCGAACUGCAGAACGACACUCCGUCCACCGAAAGGAGCUACAGCGAGUGGAAAAGCUGGAAACUCAAGAAGCUGAUGAGCGAACUCAAGAACGAGAUCAAGAACAAGCCAAAGGACGAUAAUAAGGACAAGGCAAAGAAGGAUGCCAAAGAAGAUCUGAAAACCACCAACAAGAAGCCCCAAGAACCCCGAAAACCAAGACCAAAGUCCAGAUCAAAAUCCCGGUCUAGAUCCAGGAGUCCGGGACGGAGAAGAAAAUCUAGAGGAGACGGGAGGCGGAAGUUUAGAGAGGAGUCACCUCAUCGGGACCGGAGCCGGGACCGGAGCCGGGACCGGAGCCGGGACCGGAGCCGGGACCGGAGCCGGGACCGGAGCCGGGACCGGAGCCGGGACCGGAGCCGGGACCGGAGCCGGGACCGGAGCCGGGCGAGAUCCAGCUCUAGAACCAGGUCUAGGGACAAGUCCAGAUCCCGAAGGAGGAGGAAAGAGGAGAAAAGAAGGAGAAACAGGAGAGAGGAGACGCGAAGCAACGGGUCAGAAAUGAACAGUGAACCCGAGGAAGGAGAGCUAUCGGAGAGCGAGAGAGAGACUACACCUGAGUCUGAGGAGAGAGGCGAUGAGGAGAAACGAAGGAAGGAUAGAGGGAGGAGAGGAGAUGAGGAGCUAGAAGAGCAGACUCUGGAGGAGAUGGAGAUGGAGUUGGAUGCAGCCCAGGGAGCGUGGCCCCCUUGUGUUCGUGUGACGGUGGUGCGCUCUCCUGUACUGCAGGUCGGGACUCUGUUCAUCCUCACGGCCGACUGCACAGCUACGAUUGGACGGGAGAAGGACAUGGACCACGCCAUCAGGAUCUCAGAGAUGGGCGUCAGUAAGUUUCAUGCAGAGGUUUUCUUUGAUGCGGAGCAGCAGUGUUACAUGCUCGUGGACCAGGGCUCUCAGAACGGGACUGUCAUCAAUGGGAACCGCAUCCUACAGCCUAAGCAGAAGUCUGCGCCUCAGCCCCUGACUCAUGGGGAUGAGGUCCGGAUGGGAGAUACGGUACUUUCCUUCCACAUUCAUCGUGGCACCGACACCUGUGAUGGCUGUGAACCAGGACAGAUCCUCGCCCACCUCAGCAAGUACCCCCGACCACAGCCAGGGGGAGCAGCCAGCAGGGAGGACAAGGAGAUGCUCAGAGUCAAAGAGCUCAAGAACCUCAAGGCCAAGUACGGGAUACAGAGUAAUGAGGAGUCUGCGGCCCUGAAGAAUCCUCGGUACAGAGACAGAGCUGAGUCCAGGAGGCAGGCUGUGGGCAGCGAGGGCGUGUUUCAGAGGGAUGAUGCUCCAGCUUCAGUGCACCAAGAGAUCGCUGAGGGGAACAAAGGGAGGAAGAUGUUGGAGAAGAUGGGCUGGAAGAGAGGAGAGGGUCUGGGGAAGGAGGGCACUGGCAUCAGGGAUCCGAUCGAGUUGAAGAUCCGAAAGGCUCAGUCGGGUCUCGGAGCCGCGGCGGCCGUUGCCGUGGAUGACGCUUCUCUAAACAAAUCAAAGAAUCAGAAAAACUGGGACAAAGCUCGAGAACGCUUUGCCGAGACCUGCACGCCCAGAACGCUGCCCCCUGCUGGAGAGGAGGAGGGUACCGCAGCGUGGGUGAGGGGGCCCACAGAGGGGGCGCUACAGAGCUGAACACAUGAGACUCUGUGAAUACUACUUUAUUCAAACGAAGAACUUUGGUUUGGAGGCAGCGAACAAGUGUUUGCCUUUCCCAGAAUGCAUCAGUGUGGAGCGAUGAGGU